AUGGAUGGAGUUGUUAUCGAGUGGAAGAAACUUUGUGAGGCUAAAAAUUACAAGGGAGCGUACGAUGUUGUGUCAAAUGCUUUGAAUCAAAACAUGAAAUACUCAGAUCUUUACUGGCGCAAGGCUCAAACAUGCAGAGACCUAGCAAAUUCUUUUGGGAAAGCAGAUAAAAAUGUAUAUAAAUGGUAUGUCCAAGAUGGUCUUGCAGCUUGUGAAGAAGGACUCCGUCUGAACCCAGAAUGUCCAAAGUGCAACUCGUGGUAUGCUGUAUUUCUGAAUUACUCAUCACAACUUGAAGGAUUAAACAAACGGAUAGAGAACUCGUUUAAAAUGAAGGAGCACUGGUUGAAAGCCAACAAAGCAGAUCCUGAUGAUUAUGGGACAUUACACGCUCUCGGCAGAUGGUGCUAUGAAGUAACGGACCUUCCGUGGGUGAAGCGGAAGCUAGCUUCUACUUUCUUCGGCACACCUCCUACUUCUACAUAUGAGGAGGCACUCAAUUACCUUCUGGAGUCGGAAAAAAAGGCGCCAGGAGCUCUUGCUAACAAUGCUCUCUAUAUAGCAAAAACUUACCACAGAUUGAAAAGGAAUGAUCUUGCAAAGGAAUAUUGCCGUAAAGUUUUGCAGUUUACGGAGGAUGAUUUAGAAACUGAAGAAGCAAAAGCAGAAGCAUCUGAACUGUUGAAGAAACUUUGA